AUGAUAAGUUGGGGGGAUGUUUACAAAGUUAUCGAAGCAAUGGUUCCACUCUAUGUAGCUUUAAUCUUAGGCUAUGGUUCGGUGAAAUGGUGGAACAUCUUCACUCGUGAUCAAUGCGAUGCCAUAAACCGGCUAGUCUGCUAUUUCACCCUACCUCUCUUCACCAUCGAGUUCACGGCUCAUGUCGAUCCAUUCAACAUGAAUUACCGGUUCAUCGCGGCUGAUGUUCUCUCUAAGAUCAUAAUAGUAACGGUCUUAGCGUUUUGGGCCAAAUAUAGCAACAAAGGAAGCUAUUGUUGGUCAAUUACUAGUUUCUCUCUUUGCACUCUUACUAACUCUCUUGUAGUGGGUGUGCCAUUAGCUAAGGCAAUGUACGGACAACAGGCUGUUGAUCUUGUGGUUCAAUCCUCGGUGUUUCAAGCCAUCGUGUGGCUCACACUCUUAUUGUUUGUCUUAGAGUUUAGACAAGCAGGAUUUAGUAGUAAUAGUAAGCCAGAUAACAUCAAUAUCGAAGGUGGGGGAAGAGAAACUGCGGUUAUGGUUGUUGCGGGAGAGGAAAAGUCCUUCCGUGAGGUCAUGUCUGUCGUUUGGUUGAAGCUUGCAACGAAUCCAAAUUGCUAUUCUUGUAUCGUUGGGAUCGCAUGGGCUUUUAUUUCCAACAGGUGGCAUAUUGAGAUGCCGGGCAUAGUGGAGGGGUCGAUUCUUAUAAUGUCAAAAGCAGGAACAGGAACUGCCAUGUUCAAUAUGGGGAUAUUCAUGGCACUUCAAGGGAAGUUGAUAGUAUGUGGAACAAGCUUAACUGUGAUUGGGAUGCUCUUGAAGUUUAUCGCCGGACCCGCCGCCAUGGCCAUCGGUUCUAUCGCCCUUGGUCUACACGGCGAUGUCCUCCGCGUCGCCAUCAUUCAGGCUGCUUUGCCACAGUCAAUCACUUCAUUCAUUUUUGCUAAGGAGUAUGGAUUACAUGCAGAUGUUCUAAGCACCGCGGUAAUAUUCGGGAUGUUGGUCUCCCUACCUGUGCUCGUCGCCUACUACGCAGCUCUGGAAUUUAUUCAUUAA